CUGUGUGGGCAACAAAACGAUAACACAACUAACAACAUAUUUUUUUCUCACAUUUCAGGGCAGAGUCUGGGCUACGGCUUUGUCAACUACAUCGACCCAAAGGAUGCAGAGAAGGCUAUCAACACAUUAAAUGGACUCAGACUUCAGACCAAAACAAUCAAGGUGUCUUAUGCACGGCCCAGCUCAGCCUCCAUUCGUGACGCCAACCUGUAUGUGAGCGGCCUGCCCAAGACCAUGACCCAGAAGGAGCUGGAGCAGCUGUUUUCCCAGUACGGCCGCAUCAUCACCUCCCGCAUCCUCGUCGACCAGGUCACAGGUAUCCAUGGGGCAUAG